UUAUUUUUCUUUUUAAUUUCAUUCCAAUUUUUUUUUAACUUUUAAUUACUGUAACAGGAUUGGUGGAUCUGGUAUGGACCUCAGAAGCAAAGCAAGGACUCUGCCAGGACCCGUUAGUGACCCUUCAAAGCUUCCCAAGUGGAAUUAUGAUGGUUCCAGCACUGGUCAAGCCCCUGGAGAAGAUAGCGAAGUCAUUUUAUACCCUCAAGCCAUUUUCAAGGAUCCAUUUAGAAGAGGCAACAAUAUUUUGGUAAUAUGCGAUGCUUACACUCCCGCCGGAGUACCGAUUCCAACAAACAAGAGGGCUGCUGCUGCAAAGAUAUUCAGCCAUCCUGAUGUUGUUGCUGAAGUACCCUGGUACGGCAUUGAACAGGAAUACACCUUGUUGCAGAAAGAUGUCAAGUGGCCGCUUGGGUGGCCUGUUGGUGGUUAUCCGGGACCUCAGGGGCCAUACUAUUGUGCUGCUGGUGCUGACAAAGCCUUUGGGCGUGACAUUGUUGACUCGCAUUACAAGGCCUGCCUAUACGCAGGCAUCAACAUUAGUGGGAUCAACGGUGAAGUCAUGCCAGGCCAG